UUCAAUUUCUCAUCACCACCACUCAUCACAGUCCCCCAUCUCCUCCAUAUCUUUCUAAACUCUUUUGAUUCCAAACUGCAAUGGCUUGUAAGACUUGCUUCUUCUUAAGUGUCCUCCUUGUGGUCCUAUUAUUGGGCCCCAGACCGUCCCGUGCGGCCCGCCAUUUGCUGGAUACUGAGCUCGUGGCCCCACCACCAGUGGAGCCCACUCUGCCAACGUUCCCAACUCUGCCGAAGCCUGAGUUGCCGCCUUCUCCUGCAGUGCCGGCAAUGCCGAAGCCCACAUCACCGCCAUUGCCUGAGACGCCGGCAAUGCCCAAGCCCACAUCGCCGCCAUUGCCCGAGACACCGGCAAUGCCGAAGCCCACAUCGCCGCCAUUGCCCGAAGCACCGGAGAUACCCAAGCCCACACCGCCGCCAUUGCCCGAGACACCGGCAAUGCCGAAGCCCACAUCGCCGCCAUUGCCCGAGGCGCCGGAGAUGCCAAAGCCCACAUCACCGCCAUUGCACGAGUCACCGACAAUGCCGAAGCCCACAUCGCCGCCAUUGCCCGAGGCACCGGCAAUGCCGAAGCCCACAUCGCCGCCAACGUCAGAGGUGCCAGCAAUGCCCAGGCCCACAUCGCCGCCAUUGUCCGAGGCACCGGCGAUGCCGAAGCCCACAUCGCCGCCAUUGUCCGAGGCGCCGGCGAUGCCAAAGCCCACAUCCCCACCAUUGCCCGAGGCACCGGCAAUGCCGAAGCCCACAUCGCCACCAUUGCCUGAGGCGCCGGCAAUGCCGAAGCCCACAUCACCGCCGUUGCCUGAGGUGCCAACGAUGCCGAAGCCCACAUUUCCGCCAUUGCCGGGAGUGCCGGAGAUGCCAAAGCCCACAUUGCCACCAUUGCCUGCAGUGCCAACCAUGCCUAAGGUCACAGUGCCACCACUACCAUCCAUCCCAACCGUCCCGACCCUCCCUUACAUCCCAACCCUUCCUUUGGUCCCAUCCAUCCCUCCACCGCCAUCAGGCACUAGCCCAUGAUGGCCCACCUAUCAUACUACACUUCAUGUUGGUGUAACAUUGGGUUUUAGUGGAACAUCAAUAACACCAUUUUUAGUAGAAGUUCUUUGAUUGUGAGGGAGUGUCACGUGGGAACUAGUAUUGCAUGUGCGAGAUCUUUGUUAGCACGUGUGGUGCCACUGCCACGUUUGUUGUUUUAUUUAUUUAUUAUUAUUAUUAUGUAUUUAGGAGGAUUUGUGAUGUUUAUUGGA